UAACUUCAAAAACACCUCCUCCUUCAGUGUAGAAGCUGAAGGUUCUAUUUAGAACUCUCAAACUGCAUCACUUCAUCAAUGUUAAUGCUAAUUAAAAGAUGAAGAUUAACUGAAAUGAAAUUAGAAGAUAUUUAUAUCCUUUAUAGAGAGAAUAGAGAUGGACAAAAGACACAUGCCACAGUAUUUGUUUUGGUAGCACACAAUGCUCGUGUUUUUACAUGUUGUUUUGCUUUUAUUCGCCUCGUGGCUAAACGUUCCACUCCAGCGCGAGACAGCAGCCUCUCUCGCGCUCCCACACCAAUUUACGAGCCAUCAUGAAUAUUAACCAGAUCGAAACUGAAGUUUUGCCCUUUCUGCGACCAUCCUCCAGACCCGACUCGAAGCUUCGGCUAUUUCCUAGAGACCCAAAACUGCAUAUACUUCUAGAAAAUUCACUCUUAAGGCUAGGAUUUUACAAACCUCACAAUUGGUGAUUUCUCUACUCUUGUUAUAGGCUUGUUUGCAAAACUGCAGGCUACACGUUGAAGCCCCCCAGUUUAAAAUGAUGGACUACUCCUACGACGAAGACUUGGAUGAAAUGUGUCCAGUGUGUGGAGACAAGGUGUCCGGAUAUCACUACGGGUUACUGACCUGUGAGAGCUGUAAGGGCUUCUUCAAGCGCACGGUGCAGAACAACAAGCGCUACACAUGUAUAGAGAACCAGAGCUGUCAAAUAGACAAGACCCAGCGGAAACGCUGCCCCUACUGUCGCUUCCAGAAGUGCCUCACUGUCGGCAUGAAACUGGAGGCUGUGAGGGCCGAUCGAAUGAGAGGAGGUCGCAACAAGUUUGGCCCUAUGUACAAACGAGACCGGGCGCUCAAGCAACAGAAGAAAGCCUUGAUCCGGGCCAAUGGACUCAAGCUGGAGGCCAUGACGCAAGCCAUGCAAACCGUCCCAGCAGACCUCACCAUUACCUCUGCCAUUCAGAACAUCCAUUCAGCCUCCAAGGGGCUUCCACUGAGCCACCAUCACCACCACCACCACCAUCACCACCACCACAGCUCCUCCAGUGCAGGCCUGCCACCUGCAGACUUUGACCGCAGCCCCUUCGUCACAUCGCCGGUCAGCAUGGCCAUGCCACCGCAUGCUGGAGGACUGCAGGGCUACCAGGCGUACGGCCACUUCCAGAGCCGCACCAUCAAGUCAGAGUACCCCGACCCCUACACAAGCUCGCCGGAGUCCCUCAUGGGCUAUCCGUACGUAGAAGCCUACGCAGGCGGAUCGCCGCCCACCUUCCCUCACCUGGUGGUGGAGCUGCUCAAGUGCGAGCCGGACGAGCCCCAGGUGCAAGCGAAGAUCCUAGCAUACCUACAGCAGGAGCAGGCCAGCCGAGGCAAGCACGAGAAACUCAACACUUUCGGCCUCAUGUGCAAGAUGGCCGACCAGACACUCUUCUCCAUUGUAGAAUGGGCCAGGAGCAGCAUCUUCUUCCGGGAACUGAAGGUUGACGACCAAAUGAAGCUUCUCCAGAACUGUUGGAGUGAACUCCUCAUCCUGGACCACGUUUUCCGGCAGGUGAUGCACGCCAAAGAGGGCUCCAUCCUCCUGGUCACAGGGCAACAGGUGGAUUACGCCCUAAUUGCCUCCCAAGCCGGUGCCACACUCAACAACCUCCUGAGUCACGCACAGGAGCUGGUGAGCAAGCUGAGAUCCCUCCAGCUAGACCAGAGGGAGUUCGUCUGCCUCAAGUUCCUGGUGCUGUUCAGCUUGGACGUCAAGAACCUUGAGAACUUCCACCUGGUGGAGAGCGUCCAGGAACAGGUCAACGCCGCGCUGCUGGACUACGUCAUGUGCAACUACCCACAGCAGACGGACAAGUUCGGCCAGCUGCUGCUGCGGCUGCCAGAGAUCCGGGCCAUCAGCCAGCAGGCUGAAGAGUAUCUGUACUACAAACACCUGAACGGUGACGUGCCCUGCAACAAUCUACUUAUAGAGAUGCUGCACGCCAAACGUGCCUGAGGACCGGUGACGACCCUUUUUCGUCUCGACACAUCACGCACACUGCUCCCAGCACCACCUCAGUCCAGCGUCAUCACCAGACAUAGCCUUUGAACGAUUAAACGUGCACGAGAUGCGCACUGACUGCAUGGGUUUGCGGUGGGCCGGACACUUUGGAUCUUAUGGAGAGGGCACGGUAAAUCUCGAAAGCAGUUUGGCUCGAAGGGCAGAUGCAUUUCUGAUACAGAAAUGAAGUGAAGUGUUAUAAUGACCUCUAGGCUGUGGAUUUGUCAUAGUGUUGUCGAACCAUGACUGUCAGUCGUUAUUUGUUCUGUGUGCAGCUGAUCGAAACGUCCACUUUACACUCAGACUCAAGGUGGAGGGUUUUGGAUUACUGGGAAGGAACUGGGCACUCUUUUAAGACUGGUUUGCCAGCAUUGACCCAAAGUUUCCAUUAGGACUGGCCAUGUGGCCCUCCUCUGUCUGUUUUAAGGCACACAAGCUGGGCUAGAGCCAGUAGGCGGAGGUAAGACGGACAACCAGCCAUUGCCUGCGCAAACCAUAAAGACUUUAUUCCAACCCCUCACCAAAAAAAUGAUGCGACGUAUUUCUUUUUUUUUUCAAAUUGGCAGUUGUUUCUUCUCCUUUUCACUUUGAGGCUGCUUUGUGCCAAUAUUUUCUCAAUAUAAAUCCUGUCAAGAACAUGUCCGGGUCUUCAUCUCAAAAUCAUAAGAAAGAAAUGAGAAAUUAUAUUUUGCUUAAAGAAAAUUGUGUCUAAUAUUUGGACCAAUAAAAAAAUAAAAAUAAACAAUGAAUUAUUUAAAUUAUACAGUAAAUGAAGUAAUAAAAAAAUCAUAAUAAAUUUUGGAGGUAAAUGUGCUGAACUGUCAUUAUAUAAUUAUUAAAAAAUAAAUGAUUCAUAAUAAAGCAGAAUUUUGAGAGAAAAAUGCUAAAUUGUCAUGAAAAUGAGAAUUAACAAUUUUAAUUAAAAAAUAAAAAAAUUAGAUAGCUCAUUAAUUCAUAAAUAUUAAUUUUAUUUAUUUAGUGCAAAAAUAUAAUAAAAAAUAAUUUCUCAUUUUUUAUUCUUUGAUUUGAUUUGAAAAAAAAAAAAAAAAAUGCUUAAAAACAUUUACCUCAUGACACACUUUUUUCAUUUAUUGGUGUAGACUUUUUUGUAACAUUUUGCAGUUUGUUCAUGUGAAUGUGAAUAAAGUGCAGUCUCAGAGCCAGGAUGAAGAAAUAACACCUCCAUCAACACAAGACCAAAGUCUGCAGAGAACAAAAAAGAAAAAAAAAACCACACAAAAAAAAACAACCUUAACUAUCAGUAUUAAUAAUUUGUGAUGUCACAGUCAUGUGAGUCUUGCCUUAUUUCAUUUCCAUGCUAGCUAACCGUGCUGAUGUGAAUUAUGAUAUGUAAAAUAAAAAGUACAUAUAUAUAUAAAGUAUUAAUGUUAUACAAUUGAAAAGAAAUAAGAGGUGUUUACAUUCAUGUGGGAGAUAACUGUGAUGCGUUCAAUUGCAAAGCAAUGAUUUCAUAUAAAAACGAAACAAAACGUUCAGAAAAGAUUAUAUUCCUCUUGUUUGCUUUCUUAGGUGUGUACAGUUUUCAUCUUUCUUGACCAGUACUUAAUUAUGUCGUGAGACACUAAAUCAGAGAGGAAUCUCACUUAAUACUGAGUUUCGAUUUUUCUUUUUUACUUUUUUUUUUUGUUUGUUUUAAAUUGUGCUGGCUUAUUUCUGUGGACACCUGUUUUUACGUUCUAUGUUUGAAAUGUACGUCACUGGUUAAGCUUAAUUUAUUGUUUUGGUUUCAUCCAUGUGUUCCUGCACAGUGCGGUGGGGUCAUGACUAAAUGUAUUUGUUUACUGUAGCACGUUUUUAAAAAUGUAGAUACGAGAUGCAGUUACGGAGCUAAAUGGUGAUUGAGUGAUUCACAUUAAACACCCAUCAGUCCUGCCACUGUAAAAUAUCAAGAGCUGUACUUAAGUGAUCUGGUGUGACUGACUGGUGCAUCUUUUCUAUCGUGAGAUUUCAAUGAAUGUUUUCAUGAUAGCGUCUGUGUUCUAUACCAAAGACAGCGUCUGUCCUUCACUUGUACUUACCUGUUUGCUUUGCAAUGAACGAAUGAGAGCUUUGCUACUUGGGGACUGCCGUUGUUUUUCCUGAAUGCUUCAUUUGACUGUAUUGCAUAAAAUUGGUCUUAAAGUCAACAUGAAAUGAAAAUGAAUCCAAUUUAUUUCCUUAAUACACAAUCUUGGUCUUGUGCACAAUUUAUCAGUGUGUGUUGUUGCAUAGAAAAAGGUUUUUCUUCAUAAUCUAACUGCCAUUACAAGGCAGAAAAUAAUGUUAUAGCCAAUGGCAUUCAAUUACAAAGCAAAACAAAAACAAAAACAAACGAAACAAAACAAAAGCAAACGAAAGCACAACAAAACAAAAGCAAAUGAAAGAAAAACAAAACAAAAGCAGAUGAAAGCAGAACAAAGCAGUAAAUUAAUCAAGAUUAACAUUUACAUAACAAAAGGUACUGUAAUAAUUGCAAAUAAUGAUGAUAGAUUUUAAAAUAGAAACCUAUUAGCAUACAUCAAGAUGCUUUUUUUUUUUGACAACAAACUUGACCUUCAGCUUUCAUUUCUCCAUAAAAUCUCCUCAAAAGUGGGUGCUGGUGGUUUAUAAAGGGAGUAGUUUCCCACAAUCCAUUGCAAACUGAAAUUCAGCUCCAUUUUGGCAUGUAACGGCCACUUUUUACCACCAAAAUAAGUCUCCCUUUACAUUUUUCUGAUUGAAUAACCUGCUGCACAUGGAAAAUAUGUCACAGUACGGAAGUAAAUUGGGUCGUAAAUAUCAUUUCAUGUUGACUUUACAAAAUCUGAGGUCAAAAAGAAUCAACACAGUAAAAAACACAGUUGAGGUGACUGUUGUAACACACCUGAAGCUAAAUGUUAUGUGUUGACUUAAAGAGCAGUGAAAAUGACCACCAUGGUGACUUAAUAUCCCAAUCAUCAUUUUUUUUUUAAGCAAAGUGAUCUUUCUGACAUGUUUCACACCUUAUCAAUGUAAAUUCUUUCAGACAAAAAUGCACAACUGCUUUAAUCGACAUUUGCUGCAUGGCAUCUACACCCCCAUUUGUACAUAAGGCCACUUCUUUAUUGAUUCUAGGGAAAUUGAUUUGUAUUUGCUUCGUUUUGUGACUCUACUGUGUUGUGUGUGAUCAGACCGACAAUCUUAAGAAAUCCAGUGCCCCUCGUUCCCAUUUUGUUCCCCAUCACCGGAAGUCCUGCAGCUGCUUUGGAUGUCUGCUUACCUGCCUGAAUGUCUGGAUUGGGAUUCUCUUUGUUUGUGCGCUGGAAGCCGCAGUCAGACCCGCAUCUCUGAUGUCACCUCUUGCCAUAAAGAGUUUCCAUACAAGCUCUUGGAAUCUUUCCAUCAUAUUUUAAUAAAUGACUAUUAUGCCAA